UCUUUACGAAAUCGAUUUCAGGUUUUUAUUUCGAAUGACUGACCCCAACAAAAGUAGCGAAGAAUCGCCUCUCUGUCGUCUCCAAUUUAAUGGCUCAGCGAAAGCCUAUAAGCCAUUUAACAAGUGAGCUGCCGGUAGAGAUAAAGGAUAGAAUUUUGGAGUGUUUGCCCACCCGAGAUGCCGCCAGAACUGCCCUGCUCUCAAGGCACUGGAAUAACGUUUGGUUGCAGCAUGGGCGGCUUGCUUUCGAUCGGGAAUUCUUGGGAAGUGUCCAACAGCGCCAAGAUGAUGACCGUAGAACCCUCGUGAACAUAAUCAAUAAUAUCCUCUUUCUUCGUGCUGGGCUGGUUAAGAAAUUUACUCUACACAUUUCAUUGGGAGAUCCUCAGCCGCAGCAGACUAAUUUUGAUAGUUGGUGUCUUUUUCUGUCAAGAAAUGGUGUAGAGGAACUUAACAUAUCUUUACACAGUAUUGUGAAGGAAUAUAAGCUGCCAUUUUGUUUACUCUCUUGCAUGACAAUUAAGAAACUGAUAGUCGAAGGUCCCUUUAUUGAUUUGCCUGUAAAUGCUUGUGGUAUAUUUUCCAAUGUCACGUCAUUAGCUUUCUUGAAUGUUGUAUUUAAGCGCAAUGUUAAUGGAAUUGCCUCUAGUAUUAGUAUUCCUAAACUUGAGAAGCUGGCUUUGGAACUUUGUAUUGGGAUCAAUAAAUUUGAGAUCAGCCCUCCAAAGCAGCUUGAAAUCUUGUCUGUUAUUCAUUGUAUUGGAGAUGUGGUUGAGUCCAGAUGGCUGGCACCACAUUUGAAAGCCAUUAAAACUCUUUGGUUGUGUGGCUCUUCGUUGCGGUAUAUGGAUGUAUCUAUGUUUCCAACUGCAACAAAUCUGCAAGUGAUAAAGCUGUAUGGCUUAAGGUUUGGUUGUGGGAAGCAGCUCACCGUUGCUAUGCAAUUGCUUCAAAAAUGCCCCAACCUAUGUGAACUAGGAAUUAUGGUGAUGGAUGAGCAGAGAACUUGGGGGAGUUGGGGGGAUGACAAAGAAGUUGCCUCAAGGCUUUUGGAGGAUCCAGAUGGUUGCUUUGUUAUUCAGGAGUUGAAGAUGCUUAACACAAUCAAGAUUGAAUCAUUCCAUGAAUCCGCACUCAUAAUGCUUUUUAUGAAAAUGCUGCUCUCAAAAUCCCCUGCACUAGAGAGAGUUGUUAUUUUGAAGCCUUGGGAUAUGAAUGACUCUGAGGUGAGCGAAAUCCUAAGGAAGUUGGAAUGCUUCCCUCGUGCAUCUCCAAAAGCACAAAUUGUUUGCUUUAUACCCAUGGUUUUAGCCUUUUAGAAACCUAGUAUGGUGUGGUGAAUCUCCAUGUGGGUUCAAUUUGGGUGCAACUUAGAAAUGUAAGCAAUGGUUUUGUUGUAAGUUGAAAUGUUUCCUAAGUUGUUCAGCAUAGGUAUUUGUAACAGCAAGCAUAGACUCCAAGAAUGCUCCUCUAUUUGCUUUUGUUAAUUGUACUUGUUCUUACUACUUUAGAUGAUGUGGGUCCUCACUGCCCAAUCAA